UGCCGCGCAACGCCUGUCCCACCACAAAAAAACAAAAUCCAACUUCAGCAGACUCUGGUCCUUGCUAAAUCACCACACAACGCAUCACAUUGGUGAUUUCUUUCGGCAUCAUCCAACCAUUAAGGGAACUUUGUUCGCUCCCUUUCCUCCUAGGUAACAUAAACAAUGGCGGCUAGCACCCUCGAGGAUCGCUUCGGGCGCCUAUCGGUUCGCGACGAGAACAGAGAGCAGCAGAAGCCAAAGGUCAAAGCCAUCUCGACAACACGCUCGCAAGACCCGGGCCAGCCAACCCUCCUCAAAAUUGCCCUCCAAAACCGGGAGCAAAAGACAUCCGCGACGGCGCGGCGCGAAGUAGAACUACCAGCGUCGCCAACUCAGAAAGCUCUCCCUAAUGCAGAGAAAUCGAAUCAAGAAUCUCAAGCCCAGGCAGAGGGCAAAACAGCGACCCUCAUCGAGCGGCCGAUCAAAGCAUUCCACUUGGGCAUGUUCGAGAUCGGUAAACCACUAGGCAAGGGCAAGUUCGGCCGCGUGUACCUGGCGCGCGAGCGCGAGUACGGCUUCGUCUGCGCGCUGAAGGUCCUGUACAAGAGCGAGCUGCAGCAGGGCCGCGUCGAGAAGCAGGUACAGCGAGAGAUCGAGAUCCAAAGCAACCUACGGCACCCCAACAUCCUGAAGCUCUACGGCUACUUCCACGACAGCAAGCGGAUCUUCCUCAUCCUGGAGUUUGCCGGCCGGGGCGAGCUAUACAAGCACCUACGUAAGGACACGCGAUUUCCCGAGUGGAAGGCGGCACAGUACAUCGCGCAGAUGGCCAGCGCGUUGCGCUACCUGCACCGUAAGCACGUCAUCCAUCGCGAUAUUAAGCCCGAGAACAUCCUGGUGGGCAUCCAUAACGAGAUCAAGAUCUCGGAUUUCGGCUGGAGCGUGCACGCCCCCAACUGCCGCCGGAAGACUUACUGCGGGACGCUCGACUACCUGCCGCCGGAGAUGAUCGCGCCGCGCAACGCGGACAACUCCUACGACGAGAAGGUGGACCUGUGGUCCUUGGGUGUGUUGACCUACGAAUUCCUGGUGGGCGAGGCGCCGUUUGAAGACACGCCCGUUAUGACGACCAGGAGAAUCGCUCGCGGGGAUAUGAAGGUCCCGUCGUUUGUGAGUGCGGAGGCCACGGAUCUUAUUAAGAAACUACUCGUCAUCGACCCCGACAAGAGACUAUCUCUCGAGCAGGUCCAGAAACACCCCUGGAUUAUCAAGCACUGUCAAAAGGCCGAGAUAGUCGCAAAAUCCAAGGAAGCUUAGCACCCACGACAGAA